AUGUGUAAUUGUCUAAUACCGGUUCUCUUCUUUCUUUUUAUUUGUAACUGUAUUUUUAUCUUUCACUCACCUCUUGGGGAACACUGCAAGGAGCUGGAGGAACUGACCAGCACCAGUGUAGAGCAUAUUAUUGUCAACCCCAAUGCAGCUUAUGAUAAAUUUAAAGACAAGAGGGUUGGCACUAAAGGACUAGAUUUCUCUGAUCGAAUCAGCAAGUCAAAAAGGACAGGAUAUGAGUCUGGAGAGUAUGAACUAUUGGGGGAAGGCAUUGGCCUCAAGGAGACACCACAACAAAAAGUACCAGCGGCUGCUUCAUGAAGUACAGGAGCUGACACAAGAAGUGGAGAAGAUACAGAGCACUGUUAAGGAAUCAGCCACUGAAGAGAAGCUUACUCCAGUUGCAUUAGCAAAGCAAGUGGCUACAUUGAAGCAACAGUUAGUUUCCAACCACUUAGAGAAGUUGCUAGGCCCUGAUGCUGCCAUCAACCUGACAGACCCUGAUGGAGCUCUUGCAAAGCGGUUGCUAACUCAGUUGGAUGCUGCUAAAACGAGGAAGGGUCCAGAAGGAAAAAGCCCGGCAAAGGGAAUAGACAAAGAUGGGGGUUUGGUCACCUAUGAAUUACAUUGCCGUCCUGAACAAAACAAAUUUUCCCAGGCUGCUAAGUUGGCAGAGCUUGAGAAGAGACUGGGUGAGCUGGAAUCUGCUGUGCGCUGUGACCAGGACCCACAGAAUCCCCUCACUGUUGGAUUACAAGGAUCAAAUCUCAUGGAUACUGUGGAAAUACUACAAGCUAAAGUGAACAUGUUGGACGUUGCAUCGUUGGAUCAGGUGGAGGCCAGGCUACAGAGUGUUUUGGGGAAGAUGAACGAAAUUGCAAAGCACAAAGCAGCAGUUGAAGAUGCAGACACAGAAAGCAAGGUUCACCAGCUAUUUGACACUGUUCAAAAGUGGGAUUCCAUGUCUGGCACGUUGCCUCAGGUUGUGCAAAGGCUGGUGGCAUUAAAGCAGCUUCAUGAGCAAGCCAUGCAGUUUGGCCAGCUACUUACCCAUUUGGACACUACACAGCAGAUGAUUGCCAAUUCCCUGAAGGACAACAAAAGUGCUCUGGCUGUGGUCCAAAAGGCCAUGAAGGAGAAUUUAGCUACAGUGGAGGACAACUUCUCCAGUAUCGAUUCCAGAAUAAAGAAACUGAGCAAAUGA